GACGUCAGAAGUGAAUCCGUUCUACCCAGCUGAUCUAGAGGUGCAGCUGACGCUCGGAGAGCUGGUUCCUGGUUAUUACUGUGUUUACCAGGCCGGAGAAGAUGGGCUGCUGCUUUAGUAAGGAGCUCGGCCCCGAGCCGCAGACUGAGAGGAGCGUUCUGUUAUCGCCGCCCCUCCAGGACGGGCUCAGCACGCUGACGGAGCAGGUCAGGAGGCAGGCUGAGGCCGUGGCCCACAGCGCCCGCCUGGAGGACCAGGAGCCGUCCAGGGAACAGGAUCGGCCCGACCCGGACUGCACCCAGGUGGCUCUGUCUGGCGGUGAGGCAGAACCGCAGCAGCCCCACAAGAGCCCAGAGGCCGUCAUCACCACAAAUACACGCACAGAUAUCAGAGCAAUGGCUACUGGGACGCGGGAGGCCAGUUCCGGCCGUGGGACGCCUCCCUACAUGGAGGUGUCCACCCAGAGUCCGCUCGGCCCGGAGACCCUGGAGACCGCCACGCACCGGGCCGCGGGGUUCAGUGGGGCGCCGGAGCACGGCGAGCAGGGAGGGCCAGAGCCGGGUCCCCAAUCGGGCCCCCAGGUCGCAGCAGGACUCCCGCUCAGCGCCGCAGCAACGCACCGCAGCUUCUACAGCAUCUGCCCCAUCGGAGCCGAGGAGCUGGAGCCCAGCUGGACCCAGACGGCUCUGCCCGGCACACCCUGCAGCCAAUCAGAGGCCAGCAUGUUCAGGGACCAUGCCCACGCAGGUAUAGCCUGGUCACAUGACCUGGAAGUCAUAUCUGCUGACAAACUGGAUCCUGGCUCGGUUCUGGAGAAGGACGGAGUGUUCAAUCAAAAGGGUGAGGCCGCCUUGAGCGGCGAGGACCCUCAGGCAUCCACAGUGGACAACUAUCAGCUGAAGGACUUCGGCGCCACCACAGAAGAAAAAACAUCCGCUUAAGGAAGAAAG